AUGAGGCAACAUUUUUCUCACAAAUCAGACCUACUCUACUUCAAAGAUAGACUGUUUAUACCUGAAGAAACAGGGCUUCGAUUGGAAAUUCUACAAGAAUUCCAUGCUUCACCUUUAGGCGGCCACUCCGGUAUUCAAGCUACCUUGGCGCGUGUAUCAGCAUCCUUCUAUUGGCCGGGUAUGACUCCGUUCGAAGCCCUCUACGGUCGCAAACCACCCACCUUGGUUCCAUACACCACUGGGAAAUCCAAAAUCAACACCUUGGAUGAAUUACUUCACAACAAAGCUCGCAUCCUCCGUCUGCUCAAAGAAAACCUCACCAAAGCCAGAAAUCGUAUGGUUCAACAAGUAAACCUCCAUCGAAAGGACAAACAAUUUGAAGUUGAUCAAUGGGUUUUCUUAAAAUUACAACCUUACCGACAAAGUUCUGUCCAACAUCGACCCUCACAGAAGCUAGCAAAGCGAUACUACGGCCCUUUCCGCAUCCGUCGACGCAUUGGUCCAGUAGCUUAUGAGCUGGAGCUUCCAGUUUCCUCCCGGAUCCACCCUGUUUUCCAUGUGUCUCUCCUCAAGCUUUGUCACGGCCAACCCGUUACUCAGGUCUCCCCCCUUCCCGAUCCGGUAGCUUUUCCGCCUCAAGAACUGACCCCAAUUGCUGUGCUAGCUCACAAACCUUUGCAUGGUGAAAUCAAAGAAGUACUGAUUCAAUGGGACGGCAUUCCAAUUUCCGAAGCAACUUGGGAACAGAAGUCACUGUUUCAAGCAAAGUACCCUCACUUUAAUCUUGAGGACAAGAUUUGUCUCAAUGGGUGGUGUGGGGCAUUUUCUAUGAAGCUUUUGUUUCCAUACGUCUUCGAAGUUGCUCAGGUUACUAGGCUCAAGGUGGAUGCGUCAUGCCCAUGGAUUAAUGGAAUGUGGGAUUCGAAUUUUGGUUUCAUUGCAGGUUUGAGUAUUGUUAUUGCUGGUAGCGCUUGGGAGGAGCUUGGUCAUAUUCUUAUAAGUGUGAGUCCUAAUCUAGAAUCAGUAGACUCAUUUGUUUGGUGGAGAGGUGCUAUAUGA